UCCAGCCAAGUGAGCGAGCCAGCGAAUAUGAAACCCUGGAAGUCCCUGAUUCCGGUCCCUUCUCCUUGUGAGCACUCACACGCUUACUAGAGGACAAGGACGCCCCAUAAGCAGCUGCAGCACAUCUUUUUUGAGACUUCUUUUGUUUUGUGGAUAUACCUGAAAGCGUCCCUUAUCCAAAGCCACCAUGAAAGCCACCAUAUUUUUCAUUCUCUUGACCGUUUUGGCUCAUUCCAGAGGCCAGUACCACUACCAGGGCCUGAUGAACUACCUGGAAAACAGGAUGGUUGCUAUGGAGGAACGCAUUGCCCUGUGGCAUGAACAGAACAACCGCUACAACUCCGACCUGAAGGAAUUCAGGCAGCAGGCCGUAGACCUGUUGGAGAAGUUGGGCAAAGAGCACAGUAAACUGCGUUCCGACAUGGAGGGCGCAGGAGCACGGGUAGACCGCGUGGAGCGUGAGAUGGACUAUAUUGAAACCAAGAAUCCACCUAAGCCUUGUGUGAAAGCAGCAGACAAAAUGGUGGAACAGGACGCAGUUUUCAAAGAGAGGAAGAAGGAAGAGUUCUUUGAGCUGUCUGUGUGCGUGAACAUUGUAUCCAGUCUAAAAGCAAUGAAGAUCCUUAAAAGGUUGGGGAGCCCGAAAGGUGUCUGGACCAAAGAUGCCCGGUCAGCAAAAGUCUACAUCUUUAACGGUACAUCCGACAACACGCUGUACGAAUUCAACUCCGUGCGGGAGCUGUCUGCAUCAUCAGGCAUGUCUAAAGGCAGGCAGAUCACCGUUCCCACUGCUUGGAAUGGGACCGGUCAUGCAGUCUACGAUGGCUUUCUCUAUUAUAUCAGUGAAAGUUCAGAGCUCCAAGUUAUUAAAUAUGACCUCAAGAACGGUUCGGUUGCAGACAGUGCAGUGCUUCCCAUGGAGGACCGCAGCCCAGUGUACCAACUCAAUCCAGAGACGCUGGUGGACCUGGUGGUGGAUGAGGAUGGGCUAUGGGCGCUGUAUCCAGCUGGAGACACUAUCAAUCUUGCUAAGAUGGACUCUAACUCUCUGGACAUAGAACAGAUGUGGGACACGGCGUGUCCAAGAAACAACGCUGAAGCUGCUUUUAUUGUCUGCGGCACAGUCUAUGUGGUUUACAACACCAAACCGCCGAGCCGCUCGCGUGUGCAGUGUGUGUUCGAUGUGAAUGACAUGGUAAGCAGCGGCGAAGCCCCUCUGAUUUAUUUCCCCAGGCGCUACGGGGCCCAUUCCAGCCUCAAAUACAAUCCUGAGGAGCGGCAGCUCUAUGCAUGGGAUGAUGGGUACCAGAUUCUGUAUAAACUAGCGCUGAAGAAGAAGCUAUGGGCGAUAAUGCCACCACCUGAGGAAUAGUGGACCUCUUUAGUUCUUAAAGGGCUUUAUUU